CUUUCACAGGGCGCUGCGCCCUGCACCUUAGACAGCUGAAUCCCGCCCUGUCCGUUUUUGUGCGCCCUGCCGUUUGCUGCCUGCCGGACCCCGCCACGCCAGCCACUGGACCCAGCCGUGCGCCGCCGGACCCGAUCCUGUCUUAUAUUAACAAGAAUCAGUUACCGGACCCGUUUAAUGACAUCUCAGUGGGAUGAUGGGAAAUCACAGAUGAACCCAUAGGGCGCCUGUCAGUCUGGAUGGUUUCUUUGCAAGGGAAGGUUUGGUACAGAGAGAAUGUUUGUCAUGAAAAUCCUGAGGGAUCGUCCCGGUUAGAAAUAGAAACCCCCAGCGAGGUCAUACAGAUCAGCUGUGGCCCCUACGAACUCUUGUGGGCUGCACUCUGGGAAGGCCAGGCCAUAGUACGGGAAGGUAUCAGCAGGAAUAACCCUAAAGGCAGUUCCUGGACCACUGUGAAAGCUCCAACACCUGGGGAUAGAAUCAUGCAUGUGGCAGCUGGUGUCAACGUGGUUUGGGCUGUGACUAAGGAACACAAAGUAAGGCUCAGAGAAGUAAUGUGCAUCAUCUCAGGCCAGCGCUAGUAAGAUCUUAAAGGACCUCAAAACCUGAAUAGACAUUUACUUAAAAAGCAUGAAUUAAAAAAUAACA